CUAUAAAAAAAUCAAUAUCGAUCUAUUUAAAUCAAUUUAAUGAAAAAAAGAAAACGAAAUGAAUUAAUCAUAAGGAUCUAAAUGAUUUAUUAUUAAUGCUCAAUAUUUUCCAAUUACACAUGGAACGAAUAAAUAUGUAAAAAUGGAUCUGCGUUUGAUAUGUUGGUUGUAGUGAAUUUCAAAAUGACAGUUACAAACAUUUGUGAAAUUGUUGUGUAUUUAGUGUUUGAUUACAAACAUUGUUGCAAUUCGUGUUUAUAUAAAGUACCAAGUGAACCAUUAAAUUUUCAAACUUGUAAAUGAAAUGUUGACUUUCUGAAAAAAUUGUGAAUUAUCGGUUAAGAUGAUCAAAGAUUUUGUUAUUCCUGUAAAUAAAGAUGAACUUUUGCAAAGCCGGAGCGGACAAUAUAUUGUUAAAAAAAUCAUUCCAAUACGGUUAUUACCGCAAGCUCUUGAUGAAACUCGAUCAGCACUGCAAGCAAAUGGGGCCAAUUUUAUUUUUGAGCAUUUUGAUACAUUUUUCUCUGUAGUUGUUCAUGAAAAUAAAGUUGAAUUAACAAUUGUUCAACGUGCUUUUACUAGAAUUCAGAAAGGUUUUGAAAUGUUGGUCCUUAACAUGGAAAGUAUAUUUGAGAAAGGAAAUGAAUUGGAAGAAGAACAUAGAUUGACCUUGUUAAAUAUAAAUAAAAUGCUUGCAUAUUUAUUUUCUUGGUUUAUCUGCUACAUAGAUGAUGAGAUUUUUAAAGAUGAUAAGUUUUUGGGCAAGCGCAAAAAGUCUACAAAGUCAGACAUGGAGGAAGAAUGGGAAUCUAAUAGAGAGAAAGCUUUAGAGUACAUUUAUCGAUUGUUACAACUUCCAUUAUCAAAACUUUGGCAGCCUCCUAUUGUAGAAGAUUCCUUUAUCAUUUAGUGAAAUUACAUGAUACAUUAGCAUCUCAUAUGGCUGUUGGAGUUAUUCAUAUGAUUAAUAAUUAUGGUUGUAAUGGUUUAAUAAGAGAAAUAAUGAAAGAGAUUGAUCAAAGUGAAUUAUCUGAACUUGACAAUCGUAAUAUAUCGACAUUUUUAGAGACUAUUGCUGCUUCUGGCCCAAAUCUCAUAAUUCCUAUUCUUGAUGAUGUGAUGGAUUAUUUAGCUAGUGAGCAUUAUAUUAUGAGAAAUUGUACUAUUUGCAUUAUACGUGAAGUUGUACAAAAAGCAUUAACUGGAGAUGAUCUCACACAAAAACAAAAAGAUCAACGUGAUGAAUGCCUUAAUAACUUAGAGGAACAUAUUCUUGAUAACAAUGCUUAUGUUAGAUCAAAAGUUUUACAAGUUUGGCAACAUUUAUGUUGUGAAGGUGCUAUUCCAUUAGCAAGACAAGGAAAACUUUUAGCUGCUGCUGCAUUACGUUUAGAAGAUAAAAGUGCAAGUGUACGAAAACAAGCAUUACAAUUAAUACGUGCUUUACUACAAAGUAAUCCAUUUGCAGCAAAAUUAAACAAAGUAGAAAUUUCUAAAUCAUUAGAAAAGGAAGAAAUAAAACUAAGAAAAUUACAAACUCAAAGUGUUAAUAAAAGUACUCGUGGUGAUAAACAGAGAUUGGAAUUAUGGAAUACUUUUCUUCCAGAAAUAAGAAAGGCAUUAAAAGAAAUUAUUAAUAAUGGAAAGAAAAAUAAUAAAAAACAAGAUGAUGAAGAUGAAGGUGAAGAUGAAAAAGAAGAAGAAGAAAAUGAAGAAAAUAUUAGUACUGAUACAGCAUUUGAACAUGUAAGACAAUUAAUGCUUAAAGGAAAAAUUCUUGAAGCAGUAACAUAUAUGUGGAAAAUUUGUCUGCACUUGAAACAAAAUUCGAAUAUAGAAGAUCUUUCUCCUGAAGCAAAAGAAGAAUGUCUAUUUUUACUUUUAUUAAAAACAUUUAUGGAAUCCGAAAGUAAUCCAAUUGACGGAAAUGAGAAUGCAGAUACACAACAUUCAGAAAAUAAGAAUAAAGAAAAUGAUGAAAUAUUAGCACUAAAACGAGUUGUAAAUUAUUUAAAAAAUUGUUUGGAAUUUGCAAAUGAAUUAGAGAUUGCUAUAUCUAUGACGGAGAAAUUACUUUUUUCUACCGUAGCAACCGAUGCUAUCGAGGCAUGUACUUUACUUGGAGUUGCUCACCAAUUUGGUGUAGCUGGAGCUGCAACCGCUAUUCGCGAUGCUUUAUUUCAAAUGUUUCAUCGUGAUCAGUCAGUCCGCAACAAUAUAGCAUUAGUAUAUAAAGAUCUUUAUUUAAAUAAUCGCGAAAAUCAAAAAUCAAAACGACAAAAGGCUCUUACAUGUGUUAAAUCAUUGAUUGAUUUAGUAAAAGGACUUCAACCAGGUCAAAGUCAAGCUUUAACUCAACUUAUUUUAACAUGGUAUAAUAAUAAAGAUAUAGACAAUGAAAUAUUACAGGUUUUGUGGGAGAUAUUUUCAAUGAAAUUAUCAGAUACAGAUACAUUAGAUAGUAGAUCUGCUUUAAUGCUAAUAACAAUGAUAGCUCAAGCUCAAAAUGGUAUUAUAAUUAGUAAUUUAGAAGUGUUAAUAAAAGUAGGACUUGGAUCACGAGCAAAAAGUGAUCUUUUACUAGCUAGAGAUACAUGUAGAGCAUUGUUAACUAUAAAACAUACGAGUGAUGAUAUAGAAAAAGCACCUGUCAGGUAUCCUAAUGAUCAUGAAAUGUUUAAAGAAAUUCUUCCCUUAUUAAUAGAAAAUUUUGCAAAUGUAGAAGAAGAUGGUUAUAUUUCAUUUGCAACUGAUGCAAUUGGUGCAAUUUAUCAUUUAGCAAAUCAACCUGAUCAUUUAAUGAAAGAAUUAUUAUUGCAAAUAUAUAUUCGGGGAAAAUUUAAUAAUGAUUCAUCCGAACAUACUGUUCCAUCCUUUUUAUUAUCUAAAUUAUUGUAUUUAAUUGGCCAUAUUGCAAUUAAACAAAUGGUACAUUUAGACACAUCAGUGUACAAGGAAUUAAAACGAAGAGAUGCUAUACGAAAAUUAAAAAAAGACAAAAAUUCAAAUAGAAAAAGUAGAAAUUUAAAUAGUUCUCAGAAAUUAACUACUCCAAAUAGUGCAAGACAAAUAAUUCGCAAUAAAGAGACAAGUAUUAUUGAAGAUAACGGAGAGGAAGCUGUGGAAGGAGCAGCAGAAGAUGCAGAUGCAGAGUUUAUAAAUGAUAUUCUAGAAAAUCAUAUUGUAACUGGGGAUGGACUCUUAGUAAAAUUUAUCCCAUUAGUACUAGAUGUAUGUCAGUAUCAUGACAAAUAUAACAAUGAAGAUAUACAAGCUGCUGGAGCUCUUGCUCUCAGCAAAAUGAUGACAGUAAGUUCCACUUUUUGUGAAAAUUCAUUACAGCUUUUAAUUACAAUAUUAGAACGUUCACCAUAUCCUAAUAUUCGGGCUAAUGUUCUUAUUGGAAUAAGUGAUCUUACAACAAGGUUUCCAAAUCAAAUUGAACCAUGGAUGAAACAUUCUAAAGCAUGGUUAAUUUGCAGACUUCGCGAUGAAGAUACAAAUGUAAGAAGUACUUGCAUUCGAGUUUUAUCAAAUCUUAUAAUGAGAGAAAUGGUACGUGUGAGAGGUCAAAUAUCAGAACUAGCUCUUUGUAUAAUUGACAAAGAUCCUCAAAUUCGGCAAGAUACGAAGCAAUUUUUCAAAGCACUUUCACAAAAAGGCAAUGCUUUGUACAAUGUGAUGCCUGAUAUAUUAUCUCGAUUAACUGAUCCUGAUUUAGAUAUAAAUGAAUCAGAUUUUCAGGAAAUUCUGAAGUAUAUUUUAAAUUUAUUACAAAAAGAAAAACAAGUUGAUGCCAUUAUUGAUAAAAUUUGUGCUAGAUUUCAAUUGGCUACGACAGAAAGGCAAUGGCGUGACUUUUCAUAUUGUCUUUCACUUUUACAGUUUAGCACAAAAAGUAUAUAUCGUCUUAUCGAAAGUUUACCCUUAUUGAAAGAGAAAAUUCAUCACAAACAAGUUUUAAAAGCAUUAUAUUCUGUUAUCGAACAAACAAAGAAAAAACCAAAUACAAAAGCAGCAUGUAUGGAAUUGGAAGAAAAAAUAAAAGAACUUCUUAAUAAAACAGAGAAUUCGAAGCAAGAUGAUGAAAUAAUGCCACCGCCGCCAGCACCAAAAUCAAGAAAGCGUAGACACAGAAAACAUAGUAAUAGCGAAGAAGAGGAAGAUGAUAUUGAUAAUGAUUUUGAUUCAGUACCUGUAGCAAAAGCAAAGAGUACUAAAAAAGCAAAAUCUCCUGAACAUAAAUCGAAUUCUGAUUCAGAUUCAGAUACUGAUGUACUAAUGAAAACUCCUAGUAGAAGACAGCAUAUGGCAAAUAUAUCUACAAGUGCAACAAGAUCAAAUCGGAAGAAACGUACCAAUUCAGUUCCCGUUACCCCAUCACCAUUGACGAAAAAAAAUAAACCAGUUCCACAGAGAUCUUCAUUACGUUUAUCUCAAUUACGAGAAAAAUGA